UUUUUAAACAAGAAUGGACUCAGCAUCGACCAAAUACGAGAAAUAUUUUCAACUUUGGAAAAGUGAUAGCUGUGAAUGUUAGCGGAAAUGAUUAUGGGCUUAGAUUUAUUAAGUAUAAAACAUUGGUUGAAACGUAUUGCUGUAUAAAAGGUUUAGCACACAACGAUAACAUAAAGUUAUUAUUAGAAAAGAGCAAAAUGAAUGAUUUUAGCAAUAAAUUUGAUAAAAAAGAUUCAAGUCAAUUGCAAACAAUAAAAACGGAAAAUUCAUUUCAGAGAACAUCUAGUACUGCCAAACAAUUUAAUCUGAACUGUGUUCAUAAUGGAAAAUUCUCAGAAAAUGAAAGUUUAUCUUAUAAUGUGAAAACUAAAUUGACUGAGGAUAGUCAGUUUGACAAUACUGACUAUUUUUCAGAUACUAAUAGUUUUAAAAGUUUAAAACACAGCCAUAAAUCUAAUGCAAAUGGAAUUAAGUAUAGUAAACCAGACUCAUUGGUGUCUUCAAGACAACAAAAUUCCAUCCAAAAUUCAAAUCAAAUAGAUUGCGAGAAAUAUUAUAAAAUGGCCAAGGAUGGGACUUAUAUUCUUCAUUUUGCAAACAAGAAGGAACUCAGCUCAGACGAGAUAAGCAAAUUAUUUUCACCCUAUGGAUCUAUUCUAAGUUUAUAUAAAAAUGAAGAUAAACCUAAUGGACUUGUAUUUAUAAGAUAUAAAACAUUAGCGGAAAUAGAAGCAUGUUUGAUAGGUUUACAAAAUAGCGAUGUGAUAUCCAUAUUACGACAAAAGAAUCAAAUCAAUGGUACAGAUAAAAGAACAGAUCAAAGAAGUUCAAAUCAAUCAGCAGGAAUACAAGAUACAUUUCAAGGGAUAUGCAAUACUGGCGAACAACUUCAUUCAAAUUCCAAUUACGAUAAAGAAUUUUUAAGAGCAAAAGAAAAAUCAAUUAUUAAUACAAUUUCUAAUGAGACCACAUUUGAUAAUACUAACAAUUUUGAGGAAACUUCUGGUGUGAGUGCAAUUAUACAGUCAAAUUUGUUAUCUAGAAAGCAGCUUUUACUUGCUUCACUUAAACAAAAUGUCAAUUAUGAAGUAUUCAAACACAAUCAAGAACAGCAACAAAAUGAUAAAUCUGUCGAUUUGUCAAAGCCUGAUGCCAAUACUUGUAAGAAUAAGGAUCUAUUUGACAAAAUGUCAACUAAAAUCUUAGAAAAAAAGCAGAAGAAUAUUGAUAGAUCUGUACAAGAACUAAGUAGAACUAAAACUUCGUCUAAAAUUACGAUUAUACCAAUGGAGGAAAUAAUUGUUGCUAAUAUUCAUUCAAAUUAUGAUGCACAUUAUAUUUUACAUCUGUUUAGGAAAUAUAAUCCAAUUUCAGCGACACUCGCAGAGAAAAUUGUGGGAACUAAUAUACGAUAUUGUCAUAUUUAUUUUAAAACAAAACACGACGCAUUAGCUAUUGAAGAGGAAUUUGAUAAUUUUUGUUUAUCUGGAAAAAAUCUUAUUGUUCUUCAAACUGGGCGAUUAAAGGAGGAAGCUGUACGUAAAUAACAGUCUUUUAAAACUUAUUAUUAUUACAUUAAUCGCAUCACAUGAAAUUGAUGUUAUCACAUGGAAUUAAUAACAUUAUUAAAUUAGUCAUUUUCAUUAAGAUUUUUUUCAUAUAUAC